AUGCUUAUUCGAAGUUUGAAUCACUGUGUUAUCACCGUUGCUGGCUUGGCUGAGGGCCAUGGCUUACAUCACCGCGAGAACGACGCAGUUCAAGAUCCCACCACUCUACUGAGUCAAGGUAUCAAUGCCCUCGGCGGAGAUGCGAGUAUUUCUUCGAUUCGCACCCUGUCUUAUACAGGAUCAACGAUCCUUCGCGGAAAGACGUUGAUGUUAGGAAUCUCUGUUAAAGGUGUAGACAAUGCUGCUGUGACUUCGGGUCAACAAACCAUCACCUACUCCUUCGAUGAGCAACAUGUCAAGCAACGAAUUGACAAAGUGGCGGCUCUUGGGCCCGGAUGGACUUUCGGAAGGGCUAAUCUUGCUCCCAUGGACUUCUCGCUACUGGUUGAAGGAGGAGACGACGGCUUUGCAGCUGUUGUUAGAGGAAGCUAUGAUUUGUACAGUCCGGGUGGGCAACCUCAAGGUUAUCUUGACGGUCUACUAUCCUCCUACUUGAUUAGCGAAGCGAACAAGUGGCAUCCUUUGCUUUUGACUAGUAUUCUUGCCAACGGCAACUUCACUUAUCGAUCAGGUGUAACCGGGGCGGGCAUUGAGCUGCCAGGUGUGCACGAUAAUGAGCUAGGACUUACGGUACUUUUCGAUCCAAACAGCAACCGGCCAUACAUUAUCCGCUCUUAUGAAAACCAUCCGUUUUUCGGUGCUUCUACCCAUGAUCUCCUGGUCUAUGAUUAUAUCGAAGUCUCUGGGGUGCAAUUCCCUCAGCGCUUCAAGACCAUCUACAACGGCAAGCAUCUUAUCGGAGACUACCGGGCUGAUGAGGUGGUCGCCAACGCCGAACUUGCCAGCGACUUCUUCACAGUUCAUGGUAAUGUAACGAUCCCUGUGGCGAGUGUACCUGUCCGCGAUGCAGAGUACGAUUUCUCGGAAAUAGGAGAGACAUCCGCCAUCUUCCUCUGGCCAGGUGCGUACACUGGAACAUCAGAGAGCAUAGCAGCAGCCGCAUCCCGGCCAUUUGAGGACUUGCCCGGACUGUGGGUCAUCAGCCCCGAGGGUCCUUUGGCUUUGCGACAGGCCGUGGUUGAGCUUGAAGAUGGGUCUGUGAUUGUCUUGGAUGCGCCGCCUCACCAAAGCAAGCUUGUUAUGGAAUGGGCUCAGACAACUCUUGGGAAGAACAUCACUCACGUUUGGCCCACACAUCAUCACCACGACCACGCUUUCGGCGCUGUGGACUAUGUCGCCAACGGUGCGAAGCUCAUUGUCCCAGAACACGCUGCUCAGUACUACGCAACGGUACCAAAAGACCAAAUUGUCACGUAUAAACGCGGUCAAUCUAUGGUGCUCGAGGACAGCAAGACGUUGCUUGCCCUUGUGGACAUGGACGCAACAAUCCACGCUGAGGACCACGGCUAUGCGCUCAUUCAACCUGCAUGCCCAACGAACACGAGCUCCGUGGCUGUCUUCGAUGCGGAUCACGGUAACUUAGCAUUCCUUGAGACGUUUGAACACGCCGCAGUGCACGAGCUGCUUGAUGCCUUGGCUCGAGAUAAGGUCGCCACCACCGCUGCCUUUCUUCCUGCUCAUGGCCCAGCAGGCAAUAUCACUGAUUUAACGCGUAUUGCUGGCUACCUCUAUCCCUCAGUCUCUCCAAAGGAGUUUGUGCACGGUCAACCGGCGUGUUAG